ACUAUAAUAUUUCCUAACUGAGUGGUUUUAGAGUAUGAAAAUGCAUUCACAUUUUUUGUGAGACCAUUACCUCAGUUCAGGGCGAGAAGUGGAUGACUUACAUUUUCAGUAGUCAUCUGUUAGUUGCUCUUUUUCCUUUUCCUUUUUUUUAUCUUCAACUUUUUGUCUUGAAUAAUGCUAGCAGGCUAAUUGGGAGGGUGAGUAGAGCUGAAAUCUAUUAGCGCAGGACUUGGAGCCAUUGAGGGAGCCGUACCCAACACACCUCCUUUCUGACGCUAGUUGCAGGAAUGUCUCUUAUUAGUACCUGGCUGCUGCUUUAAUGUUCACUGCUCCAAAUUGGAUGCCAAAUGGAGUGAGCUUUUCCCCCCCCUCUCUAUUCAAAAAGCUGCUUUGGGGGAAUCAAAGGAUUUUUUUUUUGAGAGGAACCUGACAAAAUGUGUACUCUCAAACAUAUUUACCCUGUGCAAAUUAGGGUACUGGAGCUAGGGAGAGGAAAAGGUGGGGGCUGUUGCAGACCUGCACCCACCUAAAGGUGUUCAGUGAUGUAUCUCUGUGUAAAAGAAGAAUCACAUUCUCUGCAAAUAAUCAGUGAAGUAAAUGUAAUAUCCCACUAUUGAGAAGGCUUAAUUUACAUUUUUUGAAGAUGUAUUAUUUGCUACUGGGGUGGAGUGUGUUGGUAUAGGGGGUGUUUGUAUAUUGUUAGCCUUCCAGGGAGACAGUGGGACUGGAGUUACAGCUUUUCAUUAACCUGGAAACCACCUAGUUACAUGGUUCAUGGGCUGGUCUCAGCUCACUUGGAGGUAACAGAGGGUGUCGGGCGGCACUUUCGGCGGGGGGCAGUAUGCUUGGGGCACUCCAUCUGACUCUGAUCAGCCUGCCGGCUUCACUGCCGCUCUCAUUAGAGACCAGGAAGAAGUCCAGAUUGUUCUUUAUGUGGAGAUCUGGUUACACAACUUUAACUCCACCCCAAACACACCCUUAGACCCUCCCACAGGCUCAAACACCUCUGUGAAUUCAUGCCCCCUUUCCUUGCUAGCUUUCAAUUUGCAAUGCUUGUCAUGACCCUUUAUAGUUUGAGCCAUUGAUUCUUCUGUUCUCUUGGUAUUUCCAACAUAAUUGAUUUUGGCUAUGUUGGUAUUGUAUAAUUUUCUGUUGCUGUUUUGUUUUUCAAACUCAAGUUGAAACUAGUUGUGGCAUGCCUUCAAUAUGAGAUAAAAGCUGUUCUGUGGAGCUCAUCUGUUACAGAUUUCUUGGCCAUCCUUGCACUCUUGGCCAUCCAAUUAUGGUGUUGUGGAGUUGGUGAUGUGAGCAUGGAUGCUCUGGAACCUUCUGUCAGAUGACAAGAGGGUUCCAAAUUCAACGAGGAGUAAAUGACCCAAACAGCUAUAAAGGCCUGGGGGACUGUUUCAGAACCAUAUUUCGUAAAGAGGGAGUGUAUGGUUUUUACAAGGGAAUCCUGCCACCAAUUCUAGCCGAGUCGCCAAAGAGGGCAGUUAAGUUUUUCACCUUUGAGCAAUACAAGAACCUGCUAAGUUACACUUCCAUAUCUCCGGGCCUGGCUUUCUCCAUAGCUGGGCUUGGCUCGGGUUUAACAGAAGCGCUGGUGGUUAAUCCAUUUGAGGUAGUGAAAGUGAGCCUUCAGGCCAACAGAGAUUCCUUCAAAGUGCAACCAUCCACAUUUGCCCAGGCUCAAAUGAUUAUUAAUUCAGAUGGCUUUGGUCUACGUGGGCUAAAUAAGGGUCUGACCUCAACACUGGGACGCCAUGGCAUCUUCAACAUGAUCUACUUUGGCUUCUACUUCAAUGUUAAAAACCUGCUUCCUGCCAGCCAGGAUCCUCGUCUGGAGUUUAUGAGAAAGUUUACUAUCGGUUUGCUGUCAGGAACCAUCGCAUCCUGUGUGAACAUCCCCUUCGACGUGGCUAAGAGCCGUAUCCAGGGUCCCCAGCCAGUCCCAGGGGAGAUAAAGUACAGAAGCUGUUUCCAGACCAUGGCUCUGGUAUACCGUGAAGAAGGAUACCUUGCAUUAUACAAAGGACUGAUACCCAAGAUCUUGAGACUUGGACCAGGAGGUGCUGUCAUGCUGCUAGUGUAUGAGUACGUCUCUGGCUGGCUACAAAGAAACUGGUGAUGAGAGCUGUCAAGCAACAAACAAAUUUUGCUCUGGUCUUCACAAGUACAUGCUUGUAUCAGCUGUCAAACUCAUGCCAAUAUGUGAGAAGAUUAAAAAAGUAAACAAAAAUGGCUUAAUAGUAAUUAUUGACCAGAACUAGCCCUGAACUACAAAAUUACAUUUUCUCAUUACGCAUCACAUCUUAUUCUGCUAUCAUUGAUUUUGAGAGAAAUAUUUAAAAAAAAGUAUAAAAUGAGGUAUUCUUAUCUGUGAUGCAAGGAUGUCAAGGGAAGUUAAUAUGCACUGGUACUGUAACCACAGCAGCACUUCAUGCCAAAACAAAGACCACAGUCUUUUACACUCACCACUAGCAGGAAAUGGUAUCAGAUUGAGCUUAGAUUAAAACAAGGUUAAGACUCUACUCUAUUUCUACUCCAAGCUCACUUCCUCUCUGAGGGAACACCACCAAAGAGUCCUUUUUAGCUCCAAAAAGUAUAGUGAUGAGGGUGGAGUUGAGUUCAACACCCCAUGUUAAAAUGUUUUCUCAGAUGAUUAUUGAUCAUUCAGUAUUCAACACAAGUCAAUACUCAUUUUAAUGUAUCAAGGCAUUUCUUGGAAAAUGUGAAUGAGGCUUUGUUCUGUAAUACUGUAAUACAUUACUUCUUAAUGUAUGAUGAACUUUAUAGCAAUUAUCAGGACUGAAUUUGAAAUAUUUUAUUGAAUAUUGAUGUUUUUAUCCAUCAUGUAAAUGAUUUUUGAAUAGUUUUCAAUAUUUUGCAACAUUUGAAGCUAAAUAUGCCUUAUGAACAGAGAACUUGAAUAUUUUAAGUCUGCUUAAUGAACACACAAUAAAGAACAAAAGUUAGAAGUAAUGUGGGAGGAAGGAUUUUGUAAACAAUUUGUACUUUGUAUGUACAUCUUUUGAUACUGGUCAUAUUUUUGAAAAUAAGCAUUUAAAGAACAUAAGAAAUACUAAAAAUUGAUUUUAUAUGUAUUUGAUUUUGCAGUAGAAAUUUUCUUCAGUGAAAAUUUUUGUUGGAGACCUUUUGAAAUAAAAUUCUUUUGGAUUGGU